CGCGCAUGUGUGUGAGACCGCUGUGCGUCUAGAAAGGAUUUAUUAAGAUGGUCCCCCUGUCAGGCACCAAUUCAUUUAUCGGAGAGUAAAACCAGUUAAAGGGAGGGAGGACAGAGAGCAGUCAGUGGCGGCUCUGAAGAGCUGUCACUUUCUCUGUGUGUAUAGGCUAUAGCCUAUGUGUGCGUGUGUGCGUGUGCAGAGAGGGAUUAUCAGUAGGCUACGCGCGUUAUGCGGAGCGCAGUUUUGGUGAUGCAUUCAGUCGGGAGAAGUGCAGCGGGGAGCAGUGAGUGUCAACCCGGACAUUCAGCGGCAUAUUCAGCGCAGUAGCAGGAGAAGGGGAUCCGGCAGGCUUCGGGGCACCGUGUCUGUACAUCACAGGAUUUUUAUUUAUUUUUGAUGAAUGCUCCUUUCGUGGUGGAGAGUGAAAGUCAAAGAUGCGCACCGCUGAACAAAGGAUUUAGGGGGAAACCACCAAUAAUCUCUUCCACAUUUGAAUCCUGACACCCCGGUGUGUUUCGUCUAUGUCCAUUCUGCCUCUGAGGACAACAGACACGGGCUGAAUAAUCGGGUGCCUCUGGUUUAAAAGCUGGAGCAGGAGGAAUCAUCUGGGCUGAUCGCGUACGAGCCCAUGUGGAUGGAGAGAGAAUACGCAAACAUAGAGAGCGGAGCUCGUUCCGAAAUGUGACAUUUUUACUCUCCCAGUCUCGCAUCAAACCUGAAAACGGUGCUUCUGUCUUCGUCCUCGAUCGGAUUUGUUUACAUCAAUUGAGGGAUGGCGUUCCUCCCGGUCCUCCUGCUGCUGCUGACUGUCGCUCAUCGUGCCACCGGACUCUCUGAGGCCUCUGAGCCUCUCCCACGAGGCUGCGGCUGGGGCCUUGUCCGUCCCUACACCCUCCUCUGUGACCUGGACUCCAUAUGGGGUGUGGCUGUUGAGUCAGUGGCUGCCGGUGGGGUGCUGACUGUCAUCUUGCUAGCCUUAGUCCUGCUGUGCCGCUUACACCACAUCAGUGAAGCUGAGAAGCGCAGCGGCGUGGGACCCAUCCUCCUGCUGCUCCUCGGCAUCCUCGGCUUGUUCGGCCUGAGCUUUGCUUACCUGAUCGAGCAGGAUGAGUCUUUAUGUUUGCUCCGCAGGGCCCUAUGGGGUCUCCUGUUUGCCGUCUGCUUCUCCUGCUUGCUGGUGCAGGGUGUGCGCCUGCGCAGGAUUGGCCGUGAGCGCCGGAGCCCUGGUGGCUGUGCCCUUACAGGCCUCGCGCUGGGUUUGAGUGCCGUGCAGGGCAUCAUCGCCGCCGAGUGGCUACUUCUCACCGUGCUGAGGGAGGGACGUGCUGCCUGUCAGUACCUGCCACUGGACUUCUCACUAGCCUGCAGCUACGUGCUAGCCCUCCUACUAGCCGCGCUGACUGCCGCCUCUCUGGCCCUGUGCGGGAAGACACAUCAGUGGCGCUGCAAUGCCAUCUGGCUGCUGGUGACCUGCCUGCUGUCGCUGCUGCUGUGGGUGGCCUGGGUGGGCUUCUAUCUGUACGGCAACGCCUGGCUGGGGAGGUCCCCAGACUGGAAUGACCCGGCACUGGCCAUUGCUUUAGUGGCUCAGGGCUGGCUGCUACUGAUCUUCCAUGCCAUUCCUGAAUCCCACAUCUGCCUGAGACCCCCUCCACAGCCCACUGCCCCAGAUUACUUUGACACCUCCCAGAACUCGACACGGAUGAGGGAGACCAGCUUCGACGAAGACAUCCCUCUCUCUCACAGGCAGUUUGUGGAGAACCAGGGCUAUGGAUAUAACGAUGAGAACACCGCAGGCUUGAGGAGCGGUGGUGGUGCUGGGCAACAUAACAGCAACACCGCCACCAGACCCAGCGCUCCUUUCCGCAGCAACGUCUACCAACCUACCGAGAUGACCAUGAUCCUGAACGGGGGAGCGGUGAGUACAGCCUCCCAGUCACAGGUGCCCUCUGCCCCUCCAACCUACACGGGGAGGCAGCUGUGGUGAGUGAGAGGAUUGGAAAGAAGAUGUGUGGUAGAAAAUGAAGAAGAGGAUGGAGAGGGUGAGAAGGGAGGGAUCCAGGAUGAGGGGUGUGCCUUGUUGAAUUGGACUUAAAACAUGGAUGCCAACAGGGCCCUUCAACUCUGUGUACAGACUUAAACACUGACUGUGUGCCAAUCAACUAUUGUAUGAGUGUGUGUGAGACUGAGAGAAAGUAGGGUAUGGAGGACAGAGCUAAAGCUCUUCUAGCUCACAAAUCUCUAUAGAAGGGUUCAAAAACUCAAAAUGUGACGAGCAAGUAGCAAAACAAAACACACGCUGACUCAGAUCUGAAAAUGUCAACAUGCAGUAGGCUAUUAUUUCCCUUUGAUUUGCUCCCCUGAGACUAUACAGCACUGUUAGCAUCCUUGAAAAACUGUGAAAUCUAUCGCCUUUUCCUGCUCCAUCUCUCUUCCUGUCAGUCAGGAUGUCUUUUCUGCUGCUCCUCACAAUGCUUGCGCUUACGUGGGAACAUUUGGCUCUGUCCUCCAUCCAUCCACAGCGUAGGUGAAGACAGAGCACAUGGGCAACUGUACAGCUCGAGCACCGCCCGCUUAAAAAAAUCCAGCCUCUGUGGGUGUGUAUGUAGAGUAUAUGAGAGGAAAAAAAGAGUGUGUGUAUUCCCUACAUCUCAACUUCACCGCUCCGAUAAACCUCUUCCCUCCAGACUGUUACCCCUCCAUGAACACUUCUUCCUCCCUGUCUAUCUCCGUUUCCAGUAUUACUGCACCGUCUGUGAAUAUAACACAUAACUCUUCUCACCUUGCCUCAUCCCCCCACCUGCAUGGACACUUGUGUGAAACAAACUGCGAAGCCCGAACUGUGGUCGGUAAAGAAGUUCCCAGUGACCACGCAACACAGCAAAAGCAGCCUGGAGCACCUGAACAGAGGGAUCGCAAGCUGCUAAUGACCUGCUGUUAGAUACAAUGGAGUAAAGUGGAUUCUGAUUGGACAUGGAGGGCGUCAGUCAUUUGUGGGGCGGCACCGCUCCACGAAUCUAGGUCAGACUGCUGUGUGCUGCUCUCCCACGUCUCCGGUGGCCACUGGCGUUUUAAACAAGCCAGGAGAAACUGUCACUUUAUAUCAGCAGGAAAUGGAACGAGGAAAUGAAACGUUCUCCUGUACUCAGCUCCUCUAUCUGUGUUCAUGUGUGCGUACUUGUGAUUUUAUGAGGUUGACGGGGGGAAAUUCAAAAGUCAAGGUUGCUUUCUGGUGCUAAAUAUUCCUCCACACAACUUCCCAGUGCAUCGCAGACCCACAGGAACAACACGGAUACAGAUACAGUGGUCAAACCUGUGAGUGACAGGCUAUAGAUAGAGCUGUGGCUGGUGUGUGGAGAUAUCCUAGAGCCUUAGAAAGAUCAGAUUUACAGUGCAAGGUAGAGAGAGGGAGAUCAAAUAUAAGUGGAGGAAUAAGGGGGACAGGAGCGAGCGAGGAGGAAGGAGAUAGCGAGUGACGCUCCGAGGGGAGUAAUAUGUGACAGUGUGCGAUCUGUGUGAGAAAAUGGCUCCCUGGUCUGUCUGUGUGUUUGAGCGUGAUGUGCAGGCGGCCAUGCUGCUCUGUCUGCUGUCUUCUUUAUCUGGUGAAGCGUCUCUCCCUCCUCCUCCUGCCUCCCAGUGGUCGGCUAUACCUCAAGUGUAGCCCUGUGCCAAGAAGGACUCUUGUUUCACUGGAGUCCCUGUUUCACAUCCUUUCCCUUCAUCACGACACCAGCUCUCUCUCACUUCACCUGAGAAGCUGUGUACAUAGUAGUGCUGUAAAGCUUUGCUUGCUUGCUUACUUUUUUCUUUUCUUUUCUUUUUUAACUGUAGCCUAAGUUUAGAGAUCAUGUGUCAUAUGACCCACUGGAGAACUGACUACUGCAAACUGUUUUUAUCUGGGGAUUUUAUUUUAUUUUUUACUGGUUUGCUUUGUUGUUCAUAUGUUUGCUUGUUGUUACAUUAUGCUUUUAUUUCUCCCUUGCUGGUGUCUUUUAUUUUUUAAACUAGUAUUUUGGAAAUGAUUUUGCCAACACUAGAUUUGCUUUUAUUUUUGUUUGUUUAAUUAAUGUUCAAGUAAAUGAUAUACGUUGUCAUUUAAAGGGAUUUACGUCAGUUGUACCUCCCACGCAGUAUUUUUCAGUCAAGAAAGUGGUCCUCUCUUUGCUCUAACAGUUACAGGGAUACAAACAUACUUAUUUUUUCAGAAAAAAAUGACAAUGGCUGUGAAUAAUUUUGGCACUUCAUGCAGUAAACAAUGACGUAUACUGAGAUACUUAAUUAAUAAAAAAAAAAAAACAGAGAACCCCCCCCCCAAGAGUCACUUUGGUGACCCCUGGUCUUACAUCAACCCUCAACUGAGAAAAGCCAAAGCGUCAACCCAACGACUGCUGCUGUAUGUUUAUGUCACUGGCUAUUUUAAAAUAGGACUGGUACCAGCAGGCCAGCUCAGUGCCCAAAAAGGACGUGUCCUGCUACGUCAGGCUCUGUUUGGGCCAACCUUGGUCAGAAACAGGCUACGGGCCCCCAGAUGUGUGCGUUGUAGCUCAUCUUCAUCUUCAACUACUGUCCUCGGGGUUUUGGAUGGUCAGCAGUAAUGAGACAAACUCUCAACACUCAGAGCGGAGGGGGGAGGUUUCAGUUCUUGCGAAGUUUUCACUUAAUGUGGAGUACAAAAAAAACAACAAAAAAACAAUAAUAACGUGACUUUGUAGAUUUUGCACUUGUCGACUACCUAUCUGUGCAUGCUUAUCACCAUUUCUACAUGUAAGACCUUUCUCAGACGUACUUUUGAAUACUAACUCUAUUUAUGUAAAGGUCAUGUGACAGCAAUCAUAAUUUCAGUGUAUAUCAGAUGACACACUAAAUGUCUGUGCUUUCUUAAACACGAAAAGAGAGCUGGCUCUUGAGAAGCAGAGAGAUUAAAGUUGGGGAAGCAUGGUCCAAAAUAGAAUGAUUCCCCAAAAAGGAACAAAAUGCCAUCAUCACUGGACCUAAUAAUAACUUCCUUUGUUAGUUUGAAGACUCAAGAAGAAAAAAAAAAAAGAGAAUCUUCUGACUGAUAUCGUCUCUGUGUUUGAAAUCAAAUAGACUGUGGUGAAAUUUGCACAAAACUUCUAUAUGUUAAGUUUGUCAUCCCUGGGCAGCCCACUGAACACCCAUCCUCCCCGGGUUUGACAUUUCCUUGCCUGUCCUCUCCUGAUUUGUCUUGCCUUCAGACUGUUCCAGCGGGGCAGCUGACAGGGGUGAUAUUGGUUUUCACAGCUGUGACUGUGCAGUGACGCAGCAUGCCUAUGUAUAGAACUUGAUUCCCCUGAUUAGAAAAAUAAAAUAAAAAACAGGUAACUCUUGUUUCUGUAACUGAAUCAGGAAGAAAAUAAGGUAAAUAAAAGUGUAAUGUUUGUAGUUAACUUUUAA